AUGUCGCUCAAGAUAAUCCUUCUCCUCAUCUUCGUUAUCCAGAUUUGGAAGAUCACAGUUUCAUCUUCCAGUUCGAGUAACUCUUCUCCGCGAACAAGUGAUAGGGAACGCAUGCUGCCUUCCGAUUAUGAUGAGACAGAAAAGUCUGCAACGAAAGCUCUGUAUCGGUUGCACAAAACAGACGAUCGCCGAAUCAUCACACUUCCAGCAACUACGGCUGAUUGUGGUACUGUGAAAAAUCCACAUACUAUGAGAUGUCCGCAUUGGGCUACUUUGAGUAGACCGGAAAAACAGAAGAAUCGUUCUCGUUUACGUUUGCUGGUCAUUCCAGAUAGAAUCAGACUGUUGAAAAAUGCAUAUGCUAGAGAGAAUAUGAAAACGAGACGUAAGGCCAUAGUGCCUAUCAAGAAAAAGCAGAAAAAGAAGAAGAGUUGA